AGAAGGAGAGGGACACAUGCGGGUCGAUGUGAGCGGAGCUGAGGUUAGAUUGUAUGGAGCAUUAUCUCGCCGUCUUCUCGCCGUUUCUAUGUACAGCCGUGGAGCAGGUGCGUGGAUAGACCCCCGAGUGAAUAAAUAAGGAAAACCCUCCUGACUGUUUCCUUAUGGACCGGUUUGACUGCGGCCACCUCAACUGUGUCGCUUAGAAAUUACAUCCAGGACACUAAGCAGGUAUCAUGAGAGGUCUGACUGGACCGACAACGGCUCACUGGUUUGUGGACAACCCUGGACCGCAUCUUGGGUGUCAUUUCCAGACGGUGUUCGCUUAGCUAAAUUAGUUGCUUUAUUUCUUAGGCAUCUGAUCAUGUUCAACACGUUGCCUGGCAGAGAGUCUGGAUCAGGUCACCGGUUCACUACACCCAUAAUUUAGGAGAAUGCCUCCUGGCUGUACCUUCUCCGUCUCACCCCUUCAUCCUCACCCCCACCUCCGAAGAUCAAACACCUCUCCGGCUGUCUGAGACAUCCGAGGUCCUCACCUCCAUCCGUCUUGCUUGCCUGCCUGACAGACAGACCUCCCAGAGGUGAUGCGGCGGUUUGUUUACUGCAAGGUGGUGUUGACCACCUCCUUGGUGUGGGUGCUGGUCGACGUGUUCUUGCUGCUGUACUUCAGCGAAUGUAACAAAUGCGAUGAGAGGAAAGAUCGCUCUCUGCUCCCCGCGCUCCGAGCUGUGAUAUCUCGGAGUCACGAGGGUCCAGGCGAGAUGGGCAAGGCGGUGAACAUCCCUAAAGACGACCAGGGGAAGAUGAAGGAGCUCUUUAAGAUUAACCAGUUUAACCUGAUGGCCAGUGACAUGAUUGCGCUCAACAGGAGCCUACCAGAUGUGAGAUUGGACGGCUGUAAAACCAAGGUGUACCCAGACGACCUGCCCAACACCAGCAUCGUCAUCGUGUUUCAUAACGAGGCGUGGAGCACCCUGCUGCGGACCGUCCACAGUGUCAUCAACCGCUCUCCGAGACACCUGCUGGUGGAGAUUGUCCUGGUAGAUGAUGCCAGUGAGCGAGACUUCUUAAGGGCAAAGCUGGAGGAUUAUGUGCGGACAUUAGAGGUGCCUGUGAAGAUUCUGAGGAUGGAGCAGCGGUCGGGUCUGAUCAGAGCCCGGCUCAGGGGGGCAGCCGUAACCACAGGCCAAGUCAUCACCUUCCUUGACGCUCACUGCGAGUGUACGGUGGGCUGGCUGGAGCCCCUGCUGGCUCGCAUCAGAGAGGACCGAAGAGCAGUGGUGUGCCCUAUCAUAGAUGUCAUCAGCGAUGAGACGUUUGAGUACAUGGCGGGUUCGGAUAUGACUUAUGGGGGCUUCAACUGGAAGCUGAACUUCCGAUGGUACCCAGUUCCUCAGCGGGAGAUGGAUCGACGUAAAGGAGACCGAACACUUCCAGUCAGGACUCCCACGAUGGCAGGAGGGCUAUUCUCCAUAGACAAAACAUAUUUUGAAGAAAUUGGAAGCUACGAUCCGGGGAUGGAUAUAUGGGGUGGAGAAAACCUGGAAAUGUCUUUUAGGAUCUGGCAGUGUGGCGGAUCCUUGGAAAUUAUAACAUGCUCACAUGUGGGGCAUGUUUUCCGCAAAGCCACUCCGUACAGCUUUCCUGGAGGAACGGGCCAAGUUAUCAACAAGAACAACCGACGGCUGGCUGAAGUCUGGAUGGACGAAUUCAAAGACUUCUUUUACAUCAUCUCACCAGGUGUGAUGCGGGUGGACUACGGAGACGUUUCCUCCCGCAAAACUCUCCGAGAGGCCUUGAAGUGUAAACCAUUUUCCUGGUAUCUAGAGAACAUCUACCCUGACUCCCAGAUCCCAAGAAGAUACUUCUCACUUGGUGAAAUCAGGAAUGUGGAGACCAACCAGUGUGUGGACAACAUGGGAAGAAAGGAGAACGAGAAAGUUGGCUUUUUCAACUGUCAUGGCAUGGGUGGAAACCAGGUCUUUUCCUACACAGCGGAUAAAGAAAUCCGGACGGAUGACCUCUGUUUGGAUGUCUCCAGGCUCAACGGGCCCGUCAAGAUGCUCAAGUGUCACCACAUGAAGGGCAACCAGAUGUUUGAGUACGAUGCCGAGCAACUGACGCUGCUCCACGUGAAUAGCAACCAGUGCUUGGACAUGCCGUCCGAGGAGGACAAGAUGGUCCCCACCCUGAGAGACUGCAGCGGCAGCCGCUCCCAGCAGUGGCUGCUCCGUAACAUGACCCUAAGCAUCUGAUCCUUCACCUCGGCAUUCCCUCGUCUUCCUCCUCCUCUUCCUUUUCCUAACCCGACUUGCCAUUCACACCCUCACCAGGUGGCUCUUAACACACAACAUAUGCUUCCUCCUGUAGCUGCCUGGCCACCAGUCGCAGAGACGCAGCAGAGGAUUAACUUCCUCUAUGGAUCCGUAUCCUGUUGAGGCUGGGCCUCGGGUUUAGGCAAGGCAGCACCUGUCUUUCCGACCACAUAAUGAGGCGUGGCUCUAGGCUGCGUCCAGGCUGGGAGGGACCAUGCAUGGGGUCUGAGCAUGAAGAACACGCAUUUGCUCGUAAAAAAAACAAACCUUGUCUCUCUGCUGGAGGUCAAACACGUACACAGAAGAGUUGGUAAAAUAUCGAAAUCUCCAAACGUGCUCAGCAAUGUUAGCGAGUGCAUCAGAUUUUAUGAGCACAGCUGGUUCACUGCUCAUCUUUUUUUUUUUUUUAUCGCUAUCUGCUUUGUUCAGAUAAAAAAAAGAAAAAAAAAGUUUACCCUAGGAUUUCUAAGAUGAAUUCAGUUAGAAAGUGUGGUGACAAUGCAUGAGGUAACAUUUUAUUUCUACUCACCUUGGCUUUAUAAUAAAACAGGAGCCAGUGGUUGCAUUUAUCACUUUUCUCAAAAAUAAAGAGGCUUAUAUUCUGGGAGCUGUGGGUGUUUCCCAUCACAGCAGCUGCUGCCAUCAGAGGGUCAGCAUCAACUCUGUGGGAGGGAUGCUGUCAAACUGCUGUACAACAUACCCUCUCUGACACUGAUACAAUUUUUUUUUUUUUUUUGUUUGCUCCCCUCUUGUUUGACAGGACACUGCUGUAAACUUUGUGCUCAUUUUAGAAGAGGUAUCAUGCAGAGCUAACAAGCUUCUUGUCAGAAACUGGAGACCCAUGAUCACAUGUUGACACUUGAAUUUGUAGCCAUGAAAUACAUUAUGCAUCAUAAAAAACAGCGAGUGAAGUCACAAUUGUGCCCCUUGAUAAAUCACUAAAUAAAUGUGACUAACCAGAUUUUUGGGGUUCAAUGUUCCUACUGCAGAUGCUUGUCAGACCAAUAGAAAGCACUUUACAGCCCAGAAGCAUAUGCUUAUAAAAUAAAGUUUCAAACAAAACGUCAAGCCACUUUAGGUUUAAUCUAAUGGUACUUAUCUGCUUUGAAAAACAAUAAGAUGCCAAUUGAGAUUUGGUUAUGCUUUAUACUUGCAACAAUUCAUGGUUUUCUGGCUCUAAAAUGUAUUUGCCUUGUAAGAUUCUCACUCCAAAGCAGACCCUGUAAAUUUUACCAUAACUCUAACUAGGGUCAUUUAUGGCCUAAAUUAGCUACCAAUCAAGCACCACAAUCGGCAGCGCUCUAGUAAAAAAAAAAAAAAUGUUUCAAGGAACAAAAAUUCAUUUUCAUUUCUGUUGACACGCUUGCAAUGCCAUACUGUUGUAGCUCAAAACUGAUUUAAUUGAGCCCUUUGUCAUGUAAAAAGAAGGUACAAUUUUUAUUCUUUAAAAUACCUCAAAUAUUUUCUCUUGCUUUUGUGUUAAUUAUGAAGGAUGUCAAGCAUUGUGUGAAAAAAUGCCCAUAUUUUUUUUUUUGAUAUGUAUUAUUGUAGGAAUUGAAAGAAUUGUUUUGAAGCAUUUUUUUUUAAGUAACAGAAGAAAGUGGAAUGGGAUCAUAGUUCUUUCCUAAAACCAGGAAUGUUGACUGGAAUGUUUUUAAAGGAUUUCUCUCAUUGUCAGAAGGGAGAUUUAGAAACCAAACUAUCCUGGAGUGGGGUUGUAAUAUGUGCCUUCAGACACAUAGCUUGUUGUUCAAACGUCUUUCUGUUGCCAUGUUUUCACAGAUAAAAUCAGAAGCAUAUGCAUAUAUGAAGAAAAAAAAAACAGCCAUAUCUCAAACAGGUUCACGAUCCCAUUCAUUUCUUACACUUCAGCAGGCAUCUGCUACAGUGUCAUAUUCGUCUGAUGCCCAUAGAAAUGUGAGAGGGACUUUUGAUUGCACCGCUGUGCUGGAUUCUGAAAACAGAUGUUGUACAUAAGGCUGUGAACUUGUCUGUAUCACUGUUGAUGUUGUAAAUAAAGAACCAGUUAUUUUUCUAUGAUCCUGUAAGUGUGAACACCCAUCUGUUUAAAAGGUGAUUGAAAGAUUUUGAAAAAGAAGAAGAAGAAAAAAACAGGUACUGAAAUACUGGUUUUGGAAUAUUGGUUUCAUAAUUAGACUGUGUUUUGAUGCAGUGUCUUGCAAAAUAUCAAAGCACAUUUAUGUGUUGGAUUGCCAAAUCCUAAAUUUGGCUGAAGGCAUGUACUGAGAAAAUUAAUGUUCACAGAUUAUAUCGAUCAACUUUGACUGUAUUUGAGCAAAUUUGCAAAAAAAACAAAACAAAACAGAAUGAGUCCAAAUCUAUAUGUGCAUAAUAGGAGGAGAUGUAAACAAAAAGACUUGCAGCUUUAAGAUAUGAAGUUAGAGACGAUAGAUGGAUUGAUGCCCCAUAUGAAGCUUGGAAAAAUAAGUUAAUACUUUUGCAAGACACUGUAACUACCCCAAAGAUACAUCUUAGAUUAUUUUAAGGACCUCCGGUAAGAACACAGGAGGAAGUAACUGUCAGAGCUACUUGAAAUCUUCACAGAAUCCUUACUUGGUAUUCAGAGUACGUUUUGAUCACCUCUUUUGUAUUACAUGUUAAUCAACUGUCUUUCCAAUAAAGUGCACAGAGUAACACAGAAAUGUAAUGUUCCAUUAUGCAGACUGCAAAGUGAUAACUGUAUGUUUUGCCUCUGUUUUUUGUUAAAAUAAAAAAAAAAAAUGUGAAUACAA